AAUUUUUGCAGUUUUGAGUUGGCUUUCUCUUUUCAAAUUCAUGUGUGGGGACAACUUCUGUUCUCCCCCUUUCUCUGCACCUCUUCCCUUCUGACACUACAUUUCUCUCUCUCUCUCUCUCUCUCUCUCUCUCUCUGCUACAAGCUUCAUUCCUGAAGUGCAAGCAAAGCAAACCCUCUAAAACUUAUCUAAAGAAAUUCUCAGUAUUUACACUCUAUAAACUCUACAUAUUCUCCUUUUUCUCCUAAUUUGGGUCCUUUUAUUUUGCUCCAACUUCUUUCCUCCUCAUCACUACUAAAAGCCUUUUGUUCAUGUUCCAGUACACUACCACAAUCUUAGCACCUAAUUUUCUUUUCUUUUCUAUUCUUUUCUUCCUCCUCUUUUCAACCAACACAAGCUUUUAGAUCCUUGUAAUUCCCAUAUGGCAUGAUACAUAUUGAGCAAAUAUAUAUCCACUUAAUUAGUUCUCUUUGUGGAACAUAACCUUGUGCUAGCUAAUCUUUCACAUACCCUCCAUGUUUGCUUUCUAAAGAAGAGUUCUACUACAUCUCAUCAACCAACCAUUCAACAAGACAAAGUUUCCAUAGUAUUCUCCUCCCUUUCUCUCUCCUUGUUUAAGGAGGAGAAGUAAGGCCAAGCAGAAUUAGAGUGUUAGGAUCUCUCGCUCCUAACUGUAGCUUUGACAUCCAGAUCGUUCGAGGAUUCGGGGUAAUCGUAACGCAAGAUAUAUAGAGAGGAAUGGAUCUUUCUAACCAUGAAGGAGGAAACACCAAUAAUAACCCAACAAUGAGCAGUUCAUAUGUUGGCCAUGUCAUUGGCCACCAACAUCAGGGUCCCCAACCAAUCUCCACACUAAACCCAGAAGAGGAGGAGGAGGAGGAGGAGGGGGAGGGGGAGGGGGAGGAAGAGGAAGAGGAGGAGAAGGUGGUGGUGGUGGUGAGGUAUAGAGAGUGCCUGAAGAACCAUGCAGCCUCCAUUGGAGGCACUGCCCUGGAUGGGUGUGGUGAGUUCAUGCCCAAUGGUGCAGAAGGCACCAUUGAAGCUCUACAGUGCUCUGCAUGCAGCUGCCACAGGAACUUCCACAGAAAAGAGGUCAUGGGCCAGAUGGGCCAGAUGGGCCUGCUGGGCCAAGCCGCAUUUGGGCCUGCUGGGCCCUACAGAUUCAUCAUCCCCAGGGGCUGCUCACCUGCAGCACACCACCACAUGGUCAUGCCCCUGGGAGCAAUGCAUGCUUCAGAGUACAAUGAGGAGGUGGAGAGGAGGAGCCCAGCAAUGCUGAGGAAGAAGAGGUUCAGGACCAAGUUCAGCCAGGAUCAGAAGGAGAAGAUGAUGGGGUUUGCUGAGAGGGUUGGGUGGAGGAUCCAGAGGGUGGAGGAGAGUGUGGUGCAGCAGUUCUGCCAGGAGGUUGGGGUCAAGAGGAGGGUGCUCAAGGUGUGGAUGCACAACAACAAGCACAGCUUGGCUAAGAAGGGCUCCCUUCAGCUUCAAUCAUGAUUUUGGACAGGUGAAAAUGCACUCCUAGCUUGAAAACCUGUUUAAGUUUGCCUUAUACACAGUGUUAUCUGUAUAUUCGUGCACCGUGCAUCUGUCAAGUAUCGAUCUCAUCUUAUAUUUCAAUCUCUACCGCCCGUUGAGUUGCGUUUGCUUCUUUAGUUAGAAACUAGAUAGAGAAUUGACGAAUGUGUGGUUCACACGAAUAUGAUCCCCCCGAUGACUACUGAUCCCCUACUUUCAGUCUUUCUAAUUGUUACCUUUUUGGUUUUUUUUUU